AUGGGUAGCAUAGCCUAUCAGGAUAGUGGCUACUGUCGCCGUGACCCUAAUGUGAUGCCUUCUCUUGCUCCUCCGAUACCAAGAUAUGCGCCAGAACAUGUUUCUGAGGAGGAUAGAUAUGAAGUUGUUAUCGUAGGGGCGGGUCCAGCAGGAAUGCUGCUUAAGCUACUUCUCUCGCGGUUCGGGCUUGGAGACAAGUCAGUUCUGUGCAUUGAGUCCAGAGACACUAUCCUAAGAGCCGGCCAGGCAGAUGGGAUACAGCCACGAACAAUGGAAGUCCUCAAGAGCCUUGGGUUGAUGCACGAGAUAUCUACGGACGGCGGUCAAGUGUGGGAGGUUGCGUUUUGGAACCCUGUUCAGCCGCAAGGGGAAAACGGUGAGCAAGAUGCUGCACCAAGAGGCAUUGAGCGGACUGCUAUUGUGGACGACGUUGCCCUCGCCACUAGAUAUCCUCAUGAAGCCACUACGCACCAGGGAAAGGUGGAACGCAUCCUUGAAGACGACCUUCUCCGGUACGGGAAGGAAGGCAUCCAACGAUCUACAACUCUGCUUCAUGUGCGCAUUGACGAGAAAGAGGUGCCAGCUUUCCCCGUCGUUGCUGAGAUUGAAUCCCCAAUAAUGGGAAGACGGACUAUUCGGUCAAAGUAUCUUGUCGGUGCAGAUGGUGCACACUCGACUGUUCGUCGAUGCAUGGGGUUGAAGCUCGAAGGGGAGACAACAGACCAUAUAUGGGGCGUCAUUGACCUGGUAGUUGAUACAGAUUUCCCAGACGUUCGAAGACGGACUGCUGUCCAUUCAGAUGCCGGCUCUAUCAUGAUCAUUCCUCGUGAGCGGUCCGUUACCGGUGACCUUAUUACACGCCUUUACGUGCAGAUCCCAGGUGAUGUCAAAGUUGAUGAAGCUGAUAUUGCGGGAACAACGAAACCUGAGGGUUUCAAGCAAGGACACGACGACCCGAGAGCUCGACGAGGCCAAGUUACCAUGGAGAGUAUCAUGGAGCAGGCUCAGGAGGCUGUCAAGCCAUACUACAUCAAGCACAGGGAGGGAACGAACGUCGAGUGGUGGACUGCAUACCAGAUUGGACAGCGCGUUAGUGACCGCUUUUUAGUGACAGACUCCAACGGGAUGCAGAGAGUAUUCAUUGUUGGAGAUGCUUGCCAUACACAUAGCCCCAAGGCCGGUCAAGGAAUGAAUGUUUCAAUGAUGGACUCUUUCAACCUUGCAUGGAAAUUGGCCUACUCCAUCAACGGGCUGACUCCCGCCUCACACGACAGCGCCGGCUUCCAAGACAAAAUUCUCGGCACGUAUGAGAUAGAGCGUCGCACAAUUGCACAGCAACUAGUCGAAUUUGACAAGUCGUUUUCUUCUAUGUUUUCAGGCAAAAUCGGCACUGCGGAUGUAGCCGGCUCGGGGCUAACGCACGACCAAUUCCUUGAAGUGUUCAGAACUGGCAACGGGUUCACUAGCGGAUGUGGAAUUGAGUAUCCGGAGAGCAUUCUGGUUGAUAAAUCCAUCGAACACAAUGUGGUCAAGGGGACGGAUUAUCUGGCUGGUAUCUUGAGGCCUGGUAGACGGUUAUUGAAUGUCAAGCUUAAGAGGCAUGCGGACGGGUGCCAUGUGGAUUUACAUGACGAGAUUCCAACCACAGGCGCAUUUCGGAUCCUAUGCCUUACAUCGAAGGACCUACUUGACCCGCACGGAACAUCAAGCCAGACUCUAUCUGGACUCUGUGAUAUGGUCAAAUGCGUAUCCUCCCUGUAUUCAUCCAGUAACAUCCUGCAGCUUAUCACCAUCUACCCACGCGCGCUGGUUGGCUUAACACCAACUUCACCACCAAAGGCUCCGCUGCCUACUUCAUCCUUUGUCUGGAGCGAGGUGCCUAGCUCUCUGCGUGAAGUGGCGGAGAUGAGCGUUUAUUGUUCUGCUGUUGCCAAUGAAGAUGCGUAUGGGCUUUAUGGUGUGAGUGAGGAUGAGGGUGUUGUUGCUGUGAUCAGGCCAGACGGGUAUGUUGGUGUGGUGGCAUGCUUGGGCGAAGCAGGGGUUGAUAAGGUACGGCGGUUUCUGCAGGGUGCUAUCUGGUGGGGACACGAGAACAAGUAG